GGAGCUGUCGGCUCAGCACCUCAGGCUGUUUUGUCUGAGCACAAAGCCGACAGUUAGACUUGAGUGAUGUGUCGAACAGACGCGUAACGAUCUAAUAUAUUUUACCAAGUGUGUUUUUAAUGCUUCUCCGCUAGCUAUGUGUCUUUAUUGCUAUGACGUUAGAUAAAGGGAGUGCACCCUGCGCUUCAGACCAUGGAGAGAUCCAGAUGAUGCGAGUGGUAUUUGGAUGAGGAUGCAAACUAGGAUGGAUUUACCUCGUCUAUUUCCAGACCAAAACCUUUCAUUUUCUACAGAAAACCCGUUAUCUCAUAUUGUGGUAGCUCCUGUCGGUGGACCUGCGGCAACCAGGUCUGGAUCGGGGGUAAGCAGUGCGUUAAGGAACGAUCUGGGCUCCAACAUCAGUGUUCUGAAAACCCUUAAUCUCCGGUUCCGCUGUUUCCUUGCCAAAGUGCACGAAUUAGAACGCAGAAACAAAUUAUUAGAGACCCAACUUCAGCAUGCUCUGGAACUGUCACGUUACCGGGCCCUUUACCCCCGUGAGCAGGCGGUACAAACGGAGUUAUCCCCGACAGGCCCGCUACACCACACAAGUGUCCCCGGUAAAAUUUGGAGUUUCUCACAUACCAGAAGAUACGACGGACGACUGGAGAUUCAUCAAGGACCCGGAGUUUCUUGGACGCACCCAGAUGGAGUCGGAGUUCAGAUUGACACCAUCACCCCUGAACUGAGGGCCCUGUACAAUGUUCUGGCUAAAAUUAAGCGCGAGAGAGAUGCAUACAGAAGAAACUGGGAGGAGGAGUUGUCCAAAAGGCAGCAGAUGGAGUCCAUGGUGGAGACUCUGAGAGAGAGUGCCCAUGAGUCAGAAACCAUACAAGGAGAGCUGAGGGAGAAAGUGGCACGUUUGCAGGCAGAGCUGGUGGUCUUUAAGAGUCUAAUGACUGAUCAAAUGUCUGACUUGGACUCUAAAAUCCAAGAAAAAGCAAGGAAGGUGGACAUGGACAUUUGCAGACGGAUCGACAUUACAGCCAAGCUGUGUGACGUGGCCCAGCAGAGGAACUCAGAAGACAUGAGCAAAAUGUUUCACACCAGUCCAUCCAGAGCUGCCCCAGACCAGAAAGGGGUAUCUGUGGCAUGUAAAAAGAGGGAACAUAAGAGUGUGUGUGAAGAGGAGAGCCCAGAGUUGGAUGCGGAUGGUAGAGACAGAGAGGAGCAGGGCCCUGGGUCGCUCAACAUCACUGAUGAGAUGAAACGCGUGCUCAACCAGCUAAGGAGCUCAGAUAAUUGCUCUGUUGCCAGGAGAGAGACAUUCGAGUUUGACGAUGACUGUGAUAGUCUAGCCUGGGAGGAGACUGAGGAGACACUGCUCCUGUGGGAGGACUUUGCAAACAGCCCUGCCAUGGCGGCCACCGCUACAUCUCCUGCAGCGUGGACCUCCGACUACCCCGGAGACACACCUGAGCAGGAUGGAAGCCUGCGCAGUCUGAUAAAUGAGACAGAGUUUCUCUUUGAAACCAGGGAGCAGGAGUACCAGGCCACCAUUGACCAGAUAGAGCUAGAAUUGGCCACAGCCAAGAGUGAUAUGAGCAGACACCUGCAUGAGUACAUGGAGAUGUGUAGCUUGAAGAGAGGCCUGGAUGUGCAGAUGGAGACCUGCCGCAGGCUCAUCAGGAGUUCUGAGGCCACCGGCAGACGCUCACCGUCCUUCAGCUCUGUGGGUAGCUGCGACUCGGCAAACACAGAUGACAUGCAAGAUGAUCUGGACAGAGAUGGAGAGAGGAACGGAGAGAGGGGCGGGGACAGAAACGGAGAGUUGGGCGGAGACGGAGAGAGGGGCGGAGAUAGAGACGUAGAGUUGGGCGGAGACAGAGAGUGGGGCGGAGACAGAGACGUAGAUGGGGACAGAGAUGAAGAGAAGGGCAGGGCCAAAAAUGGAGAGAGUAGCAGAGACAGAGAAAGCGAUGGAGAGAGGGACAGAGAGAACAACAGAGGGACAGACAUAUCUGAGGAGGACAGUUGAUGAAGGAGGACAGUUGACAGUUGAA